CCUCUGCGGGUGGGCGGGCGCCGAGAUGCCGGGUCGCUGCGUGGGGACUAGCAGGUCGCGGCGGGGCGUUCGACACCUGCGGGCCCGGAGAUGGGGUGCAGGGACUUCCCGACGCCUUGGAGUCAGGCGCCGGGCGAGGUCCACGGUGCGGGAGACGCGGGGUCGGAGUGCAGAGAAGCUACAGGACUGCCGACGGCCACGGAGGAGGAGGAGGCCGACCACGGAGAUCGCCGCCUCCGCGGGGGUGAACGCAGCCCUGGGGACUCCUGGGACUGCAGGCUCGAUUGAGGCCGCAAGGGAGCCCAGGGCCGUGUGGGUGAACGGAGCGGUGGGCGAGCCCGAGGUGGUGGGGCCUGCCGGGGCUGUGUGGGUGACUAGAUCGGGGGCGGACGAGGCCGAAGGUAGGAGUCCCCGGGGCUGCGAGAGAAAAGGCCGCCCGGGAGCGCAGGGCCAUGAGAGCAUUCUGGAAUUGUGGUUGAAGGUGCAGGCUAUGAGGGUAGCUUCAGGAUGCUGGGAAGGAAGCCGAGUGGAGCUCCACCCGGUUCCAGCGGGAGAAGGGCCAGUCGAAAGGGGUGUCCCCGGACGGGCUUCCUGGGUAGAGACUAGUCGAGAUGGUGUCACUGGACCCUGGGUGAGAGGACAGGUUAGGACAUACCCUCGGGCCUCAGAACUAUCCACAGUCAUAGGGUUAAGGGCUGUUGGUGAGAGAGCCUCAGACUUCGGUGGGCAGGGACAGGCCUGGAGGGCCCCCCCUGCUAUAGGUAGGCCUGGAGUUGUGGAGAAUAUAGGCUGUGCAGUUGCCCCAGGUCCUUCGGAAAGAGGACAACCUACGGGUGUGUCUGGGGCCAUGGAGUGGCCUGAGGUCAUGGGAGGGCCCAGAGCCCAGGAAGUGGACAGGGCAUGUGGGGGUGCCCCCGGUCUAUGUGGGGGAGGACAGUCAGUGCAGACUCCUAGGGCCGUGGCACAAGAGGCUGUCUGUGGGGAUACCCCAGGCUUAUGGGAAAGGGGACAGGCUGCAGGUGUCCAUGAUGCCUUGGGGUUACCCACAGCUGUGGAGAAGGAAACUACCCCUGUGGAUGCCUCAGGCAUGUGGCACAGGAGACAAGAGGUGGAAGAUAUAGGCACUGGGGGUAUUCCAGACCUGUGGGGCACAGGGCAGCCUGUAGGGGUGCCUUGUGUUAGUGAAGGGGGAGUGAGAUCUGGGGGUGACCCAGGAUCAUGGGGAGCUGCACAGACUCCAGGGCUGUCUGGUUCUGGGGAGCAAGAGGCAGGGUGUCAGGGUGUCCGGGGUGUGUGGAAUAUAGAACAGGCUAUGGGAGCACCCAGGGCUUUGGGUAAGGAGGCAGAUGGUACCAGUGUCCCAGGACUGUGGGGAACAGGGCAGCUGCGAGGAGUGUGUCAGACUUUGGUGGUACCAGAAAAUAGGAAAGAAGAGACGAGGUACAGUCGUAUCUCAGACCUGUCGGGGAGAGAGCAGGCUCUUGCGAUGCCUCUGGCUGAGGCAGUGUCAGGGCUGAGGAGGGAGGAUACACACAGUGGCAAUGUCCUAAACCACUGGGAAAGAAGGCAGGCCAUGAGGGAGCAGGAGACCCCGGGGCCUGCACCUGUGAAUCAGGAUGCUGGCUGUAGGGCUGUCUCGUGUCUUUGUGGGAGAAGGCAGGCUGUGGGGGAGUUUGAGGCUGUCAUACCCCAGCACAGGUGUGCUUCAGUAGGGAUGCCUGUGGGUCUGGCUGUACCUGCUGCGAUAUGCAUGCCUGGCCUCAUGUGUCAUGAAAGUGGCCCUAGAGAUGAUGUGAACCUUUCAGAAAGGGCUUGUGCUGCCCCAGUGCCUGUGGCUUCUGGGAGGCCUGUGGCUUCUGAGGAGCAGUGGUCUGUGGUUGGGAACACUGGCACUGGGGCCUUUCCAAUUUCUUUGGUCAGGAGAUCAGCUGUUGGGGUUCCCAUAGCUCCUGAGGCACCUGGUUUUCUGGAGGUAGAGAUUGACUCUGAGGGUUUCUCAGGCUUGUCAGAUAGGAGACAGACUGCCAGAAUACCUGUGACUGUGGGAACAUCCUCAGCUGGUAGGGGACCUGUGUCUUCCAGGACAUCUAGGCUUGUACAGGAGGAAAUUGGUUCUGGAAGAGUCUUAGACAUGGUGAGAAGCAGACCAGCAGCAGUUGUAUCCAUGGCUAUGGGGGUCCCUGAGUCCUUAGGGGAAGAGGCACUUUCUGAGGGCUUAGGCAGAAGACAGAGUGCUGAGAUGCCUGUGACUUCUGGGCUCCAAAGAGUGGGGGAAAGUGACUUCAGAGAAGACUCGGGCAUAGCACAAAGCAGACAGACCACAGACGUGCCCAUUGCUGCCAGGGUUCUUAGACCUGUGGAGGUGAAGGCAGGCUCUGAAAGCGUAUCAGGCCUGUGUAGGAGACACUGUGGGACAGUUUCUGAAACUGUGAGGGGAACUUUGCCCCAGGAGAUGCUUGCUUCUGUGGGAGUUUCUAUGGCUGGGUGUGUACCUGCUACCAUGUGGGUGACUGGGUCCCCCAGAGAGGAAGCAGAUGAAGGUGCCUCAGGUCAGACAGUGGUUAGGAGAGAGUCCACAGAAGAAGCAGGGGCCUCAGGGGAAGAGAUGAGGGGUAGAGGGAUCCUGGGGCAGGCAGGGAGGGGCCACACUGUGGGGGUUUCUUAUACCCAUGGGCAUGUUACCAGGCGGUGGGGUGACCCAAGGUCUACGGAGGAAGAAACAGUCUAUGAGAAUAUUCCUGGAGUGUCUGGUACAAGAAUGGCUGGGCCCCUGGUGUCCAGGGGGGAAACGCGCAUUGGUCACUUCAGGGAUCACCUGCAGCAGAGCGAGAGGAGACCAGUGGGAGGAGUGCCUGCAGUCAGAGUGAGGGGAGAUAAUUUAGGAGAGAAUUAUGUGGGAGAGGGAAGACUGAGGGAGGCCUUCCAUUAGU